UUUGACACGUGUGACAAGGGAGCCCCCUGGUGGCCGUAACCGCUACUGCUCCCUGACACCGGAAGUGGAGAGGGUUGGUUGCCCGGCAACCAUAUUGUCCACGCGCUCGAGAACAUAUUAGCUUAUAAGUCACUUUCGAGUUGAACCGACCACUCACUUAUUAACGUUGUUUCAGUGUGUGUUUGUCGCUUUUUAAGCUUACAUUAACACAGCAGACUCGAGAAAAUGACGGCCAAGAAGAAAGAGGUGACUUUGCAGGUUUCUGUCAUUAACCAAGAGCAGUGGGAGGAGGUUCUUGCUACCAAAGGUUUAACAGUUGUGGAUGUUUACCAACAUUGGUGUGGACCCUGUCGAGCUGUGCUUAGUCUUCUACGAAAAAUAAAGAAUGAACUCGGGGACGACCUCUUACAUUUCGCCACAGCCGAAGCAGACAGCAUUGAUGCACUGGAGAAGUAUAGAGGGAAAUGCGAGCCCACUUUCCUCUUCUAUGGGGGUGGGGAGCUAGUGGCCGUGCUGCGAGGAGCCAAUGCUCCUCUCCUUCAGAGGAUGAUCGUAGAAGAACUAUCCAAGGAGAAGUUAGUGCUGGAGGAAGGCGGUGAACGAAAAGUGGUACUAGAUAAUGGUCUCAUGGAUGAGGAGAAGAUUUCCCAAGAAGACGUUACCCAUCUUCAUGGCGAAGAUGGAGAAAACAUAAUAGUUCCUGCCAGUAAGUCCUACACCGUCGCCAUCAUCAAACCUGAUGCAGUUGCUCACGGCAAGGCCAAUGAGAUCAUUAUGAAGAUUCAAGAUGCAGGGUUUGAAAUCCUGGCCCAGGACGAAUGGACGCUGACCGAGGUUCAGGCUCGGGAAUUUUACCAGCACAAAGACACGGAGGCUUGUUUUGAAGACCUGGUGCAGUUUAUGUCCAGCGGGCCGUCCCACAUUCUGGUGCUUUCUCAGCUUGAGGACUCAACCAAUGUGGUGCAGGCUUGGCUUGACUUCAUUGGACCCACAAACACAGACGAAGCCAAGAGAGAGAAGCCAGCAAGCUUGCGGGCACAAUACGGCACACAGACGCUGUUCAACGCGUUGCACGGCAGCGAGGACAGCGACCGGGCCAGCAGGGAGCUUGCCUUCUUCUUCCCCAACUUUAGCACGCCCUCGGGAACGGAGCAGGAUGUGGAGGAAGAGCGUGCGGAGAGGACGCUGGCUCUCAUCCGGCCUGACGUUGCCAGGGAAAACAGAGAGGAGAUUCUGGCCCAAAUAAACAAGUCAGGCUUCCAAGUGUGUCUGCAAAGAGAAACAGUUCUGACAGAAGAGCAAGUCAGACAAUUUUACCUCCAUCAUGUCGACGAGGAUCACUUCCCUGCACUGCUGCAAAGCAUGACAAGAGGGCCACUGCUGGCGUUGGUUCUCACCAGGGAACAUGCGGUACAGCACUGGAAGGACAUGCUCGGUCCUGCGGAUGUCAGAAGAGCCAAAGAGGAGAAUCCUGAAUGUCUAAGGGCCCAGUUCGCUGUGGGAGACCAUCCAGUGAACCAAUUGCAUGGAAGUGAAUCCACCAUGGAGGCCUCCCGGGAAAUCAGCUUCUUCUUCCCCGUACAGCAAACACUGGCUGCGAUCAAACCCGACGCCACGCAGGAACACAAAGAGAUGAUCUUAGAGGAGAUCCGUGACAGAAGGUUCUCCAUCAGGCGUCUGGAGGAGAAGCUUCUAUCCAGGGAGACGGUGGAGGCGUUUUACAAGAAACACACUGACCGGCCUUUUUUCAACCAGCUGGUGGAGUUCAUGUGUAGUGGGCCCUGUCUGAUGAUGGUGCUAGAAAAGGAGAACGCCAUAGAAGAGUGGAGAGCCAUGAUGGGUCCCACGGAUCCCGACCAGGCUAAGAUAGCAUCCCCGAACUCUCUAAGGGCCCGCUUGGCCUCCGAUAUCCUCCACAACUUUGUGCACGGUUCAUCUAGCCAGCAUCACAGUGAGGAGGAGAUCAAAUUAAUCUUUGGCGACCCGUCAGAGCACACAGAGGCUGACAGCUCAGAUGAGAACACCACGGAAGGUCCAAAGGAUGCCUCUUCUGAUGACCAUCAGCAACAAGUUGAAGGUAAACAUCACCAAGAAGAGGUGGACUAACCAACAUCAUUGUCAGUAAUACCAAAAUGAGGUACAAUCGGUGACGGUGUAGACAUUGAAAGGGUGAAGGAAAAUACAUUUCUGGGGAUCACAACAGAUGAAAAUAUGAUCUGGAAACCUCAUAUUACAAAUAUACAACAUAAGGUGGACAGAAAUAUUUCAAUAUUGAACAAAGCAAAAUUUGUUCUCAAUCAGAAAUCACUCCACACUCUUUAUUGCUCUCUCUACCAUAUCUUACUUAUUGUGUGGAAAUAUGGGCUAAUAACUAUAAAAGCAAUCUUCACUCGCUAAAUGUACUGCAAAAAAAGGUCAGUCAGGAUAAUUCAUAAUGCCGCCUACAGAGAACAUACCAACUCCUUAUUUCUAAAAUCACAAAUACUUCAACUUGCUGAUAUAGUUCAUCUUCAAACAGCUAAAAUAAUGCAUAAGGCUAAAAAUAACCAAUUAGCUAAAAAUGUUAAAAACUAUGUUACGUUUAACUAUGUUAAAAAGCCAUAGCAUUUCAGUAUGUGGAAUCAAACUAUGGAAUGGAUUGAGUAAGACCCUCAAACAAUGCAAAAAAAAAUAAAACUAUAUUAGGAAAGCAGGAAGUGAACAAAUGUAACAGUUACUGAUUGUAAAAGUACCAGAUGGAGGGGUAGGAUUUAAUAAGCUUUGCUUCUUCCUACUCCUUUUGGACAUGUGGAACUGUGAACUGAUUAUGUGAUGCAUUCAAUUGCAAUCUGAUGCAUGUUCAAAUGAAAUCAAACCACACAGCAUUCAUUUAACAAUAAGUUACUGUGAUUAUAUUUUGAUAUUGUUUUACCAUCUGUCGUAGUAUUUUGACAUGUUCCUAAUGUUGUGGCUAGUGAAGAAAUAAUAAAUAAUACUUGAAUUACCACAGGUCUUAAACCAUGAAAUAAAUUACAAAAAAAAAUCACAACUGGCUAUUGUACAUAUUUGUUUAUUAUUUUCACUGCUAAAUAAAAACAUAU